UCUGUCUCUAUUACUCUCUGUCAGAGUCAGAUAUUGAUUGAAAAUCGUGUAUAUUUUAAGGAAUAGAAUAAUCUACGAUUGUUAAUAUGUCUCUGAUCAAGACAAAUAUGCUUGUGCGGUCGCUGAGCACGUCCUCCGCAGCAGCUCAACUUGUCAAGCCUCCAGUUCAAGUGUUCGGCUUGGAAGGCAGAUAUGCUACUGCCUUAUAUUCUGCUGCUUCCAAAGCAAAGAGCCUAGAUACAGUGGAGAAAGAGCUGUUCCAGUUCCAGCAGUCUAUCAAAGCUGAUGCUAAACUAAAGGAAUUUAUAAUCAAUCCUACUUUGAAGAGAAGUUUGAAAGUAGACGCUCUAAAACAUGUUUCAUCUAAGGUUAAUCUAUCAGCUACUACUAGCAACCUGUUGGGCCUGAUGGCUGAGAAUGGCCGACUCGGCAAAUUAGAGGGUGUAAUCAAUGCUUUCAAGAUUAUGAUGGCUGGACACCGAGGUGAAGUCACUUGUGAAGUUAUCACUGCCAAACCAUUAGAUCAAGCUCAAAGACAAAACUUGGAAGCUGCCUUAAAGAAAUUCCUGAAAGGUAAUGAGACCAUUCAACUCACUGCUAAAGUUGAUCCUUCUUUAAUCGGUGGAAUGAUUGUAUCUAUUGGAGACAAAUAUGUAGACAUGAGUGUUGCCAGUAAAGUGAAGAAGUACACGGAGAUCAUUAGUGCUGCUGCUUAAAGAAAAACAAUGAAAUAAUCUAGAAGUUAUGGCAAUCAAUCAAGUGAUGGAUUAGAAAAUGAUUGGUUUAAAUUAAACAAUUACAUGUUACAGUC